CUCCUGACUCAUGAUUCUAAUCUGCAGGGACAAAGUUCGAGGUUCUGGACUUUGAAAGGUGUCCUUACAGAGAGCAAGGCAGGAGUGGCUUUGUGCAGAAAUGGCAGCAAACUCUUCUUAUCUGGAGGCAGAUCUUUCCUGUGCUGUGUGCCGUGAGAUUUUCAAGGAUCCUGUAACACUUUAUUGUAACCACAGCUUCAGUAAAGCAUGUGUGGAUCAGUGGUGGAAAGUGAAGGAAUCUCAGGAGUGUCCAGUGUGCAGGACGAGGAGUUCAAUGAAGUAUCUUGUCAAUUUUGCUCUCAGGAAUAUUGUGAAAUCCUUCUUAAAAGAACGCAGUCAGAAUCAUCCAGCACCUACUGGAAUACUCUGCAGUCUGCAUGAUGAGAAACUGAAGCUGUUCUGUGUGGAUGAUAAAGAGGCUCUCUGUGUUGUGUGUCAAACUUCAAAGAAACAUGAGAAUCACAAGCUCCGUCCUGUUCAGGAGACUGCACAGCGUUAUAAGGGAGAACUCAAGACUGCGCUGAAGCCCUUGCAGGACAAGCUGAAAACCUUUAAUGAAGUUAAAAACGAGUGUGAUAAAACAGCAAAGCACAUGAAGAAACAAGCCCAGCAAACAGAGAGGCAGAUAAAGGAGGAGUUUGAGAAACUUCACCAGUUUCUACGAGAUGAAGAAAAGGCCAGGAUAGCUGCACUGAGGAGGGAAGAGGAACAAAAGGGAAGAAUCAUGAAAAAGAAGAUUGAAAAACUUACAAGAGUAAUCUCAUCCCUUUCAGACACAAUCAGAGUGAUAGAAGAGGAGAUGAAAGCUGAAGACAUCUUCUUCCUGCAGAAGUACAAAGACACACAGAGAAGAGCCGAGUGCACACUGCAGGAUCCACAGUGUGUUUCAGGAGCGCUGAUAGAUGUAGCCGAGCACCUGGGCUCUCUGAAGUACAAAGUGUGGGAGAAGAUGCUGGGGAUUGUUCAAUACACUCCAGUGACUCUGGAUCCCAACACAGCACACUGUGUUAUGAUACUGUCUGAGGAUCUAACAAGUGUGAGACGCAGCGAUGAGAGACAGCAGCUUCCUGACAACCCAAAGCGUUUUGAUAUCUAUGGUUGUGUGCUGGGUUCUGAGGGGUUCACUUCAGGGAAACAUUGCUGGGACGUGGAACUGGGGGGCAAUACUAACUGGUAUCUGGGUGUGACUAAAGAGUCCAGCCAGAGGAAAGGGAGAUUCACCUGGAACCCAGAAGCAGGAUACUGGAUUAUAUCCCUGAAGUAUGGGGAUCAGUACUGGGCAUGGACCUCACCACAGACACGACUCACUGUGGAGAAGAAACCCCAGAAGAUCAGAGUUCAGCUGGACUGUGACGGGGGGGAGGUGGCAUUCUUUGACUCCAGUGAUAUGAGAAAACCUCUCUACACUUUUAAACACAGAUUUACUGAGAGAAUGUUUCCAUAUUUCUGUCCUGGCUUUCCUAGCUCUGCCCCCCUCAGAGUGUGCCCUUUGAAGACAGUUAGAAAAGUGGACUAGCCCAAUGUGUUCAGCAUAAACAAUAGGGAUGUAUAAUAAUAAUAAUAAUAAUAAUAAUAAUAAUAAUAAUAAUAAUAAUAAUAAUCUAUUAAUAUUGAAAAGGAACAGAAACAUUUUAAAUAGAAAAUGAUGAUCAAAGUGACAAAUGUAACGAUGUUUAGAAAACUAUUAAAUAUAUUCUAACAGAACAUGUUCACCCUCCUCCACCCCUCUCCCUCGUCACGUGACGUGGGUGUUUGGUCUUUGCUCCUCGAAUCCAUGUAGAAAUACAAUUACAAAAACUAGAACAUGAACUGGUUAAAGAACAACACUGAAUAAAGAAUAUGCAUUCUGGAAUAAUAUUCAAUUAAACACAAUGCUCUAUUGAUGUGUUAUACCAUCUACAGCUUUGCAAGCUCUGUAAAUAAUAACUCCCUCAAUGCUGAAUGAAUGAAUAAUGAUUGCUGGGCUGGUCCGCGGCGUUGUUGAAUCGAUCAGGAUAUUGUAUCAUUUAAUUGGUAAAUGUAUCGCUGUAAUAACUUGGAAGCUGCACAUUGUGAUCGUGUGGAUGUGUGUCUUUUGUGGCCGCUGUGAAACGGUCCCGCAAAUCACUGCUCCCGGAUCACAAAGGAUCGGUUUACUGCCCUCCCUUUGAUGUAAUGAAUGAUUUUUUUUUAAUAAUAAAAAUUAUAUAUUUUAAUUUGGA